AUGGGAUUGCUUCCGUUGGAUAAAAGGGCCAGAAGAAUGAAUCUCUUUGAUGUGGGAAGGUGUAUACUUGAAGGAAUUGAAUACAUUGAAGAGAUUCUUGAGUCUGGAAUCAACAUUACAAAGGAACUCGAGAAGGAUCUUUAUGUGCCAUUGCUACUCUCGAGGCUGAAGACAGAUGGAUUUACAGAAGAGGACCAUAGAAACAGCACAUCCAUUGUUUGCUUGACGCCUUUGGGCCCGGGUUCGUUGAACAAGUUUCUACUGCGCUUCUUCAAGGGCUUUGCACUUAGUAGCAGAGAUGGCCAAAUCGACAUUGAGUUUUCCUCGAGACAGGAUGCUACAAAGUGCUUGUAUCUGAGUAGCAGAGAUUUUACCUUUCUUCGUCCAUCUGGCUAUAUAGAGUUCCCUGGGGAUGGAGAAGUAAGAGAGGCAGGAAGCAAGUACUGCAAAGAUGUUCCAUGCACUGUAGACAAGAUUCUGCUGGGCCCGCUGGACAUUUCCGCUUCUAUCCUUCGGGAUGCUCUUGACGAAAUAUCUCCCUUGCAAAGCUUUAGAGAAUGUGGAAAUCCCUCAUAUUUUGUCUUUACAUUCAGGAACCCGGAACUUUGUGAUCCUUUUGUAAAGGCCACAAGCCAUAUUUUUAUCUCGGAUGUGGGACGGCCUUUGGCCUCUGUAAGGGCUUACAAGGGUUGUUCAAUACUGAAUCUCGGCAGGAGCAUUCCUUCUCUUAUGCCAAGAAGAAUGGCAGGGCCUAUUGCGCUCAGCAAGGAAAAGACCAGGAUAGUAGUGCUUUUAAAUGUUAUAGGCCCGUGGGACGUAGAUGUUUCGGAAAUCAUCGAGGCAAUUAGAGGAAUGUGUUCUAGAAACGAAGGAGUAAAAAAUGUGAUGGUACCUCGGAGCAAACACUUUCCUGGAAGACAGCCUGGGAGUUCUCGAAUAUUUAUAGAAUGCAAGGACUUGGAAACGUCCCAGAGGAUUCACAAUGAGUUUGGAGGGCUUGUUUAUAAGGAUCGGAUUGUUGCAGCAGGAUACUAUCCCGAGCUGAAUUACUUUGCUGGAGAAUAUGAAUGA